AUGGCGGUUCGAGCCGUCAGCAGCUGUUCAAUCUUUCGCUCCGCUUCCACUUCCUCUUCGUCCCCUACUCUCUUCGCCUUCCGCUGCUCCCCAUGCCACUUCAGUCGCCGCUUCUCCCAAUUUAGCAUUCGCUUCCCGAUAUUUCGAUCCGAUAAGUUAGUUCCUGGCCAUGGCGGCCUUCAAAGCAGCUCCGUUCACAGCCUCGUCGAUAGCGUCAUGGAAGAGCUCGGUGCCUUGCGCCGACGGAGACGAGUUCGCGCUGCCGCCAAGGUGGAGCUGACAAGCAGUGGAGGGAUUGCAGAAGAUAAGCUUGUGAACCGAACGCUGCAGCAAGGGUUGCUACUCGAGUUCAAGAAGGAUUCAGAGAGAGUAUUGCUUGCUGUUGCCCAGAGACCCGAUGGCAAGAAGAAUUGGAUGGUUUCUGAUCAGAAUGGUGUUACAUCAUCCAUUAAACCACAACAAAUCACAUAUAUUGUUCCUGGUGUUGAAAAUUUCGACCACGCAGAGAUUUCAAAGUUUGUUCAGAGAGCUCAGGAAAACUCGGACUCAGCACUUCUAGAAUUUGCUUGGGUUGAACUCCUCGAAAAGAAUAAGCGUGUGACGCCAGAAGAAUUAGCUGAGAUGAUCUUUGGUAGUGUGGAGCCUCUUGAAUGCUACUGUGCUCAUGUGAUGCUUUCAGAAGAUGAAAUAUACUUCACUGUGCUAGAGACAAAAGGUUCUCGCUCUAUAUAUGGACCUCGACCUGCUGUGCAGGUUGAGGAACUUCUCCGUAGGAAGCUCGCAAAGGAGGCAGCUGAGAAAGAACUGCAGGAGUUUGUACAAUUACUGAAAUCUGCUAAGGCAAUGCCUUUAGAUGCUAAACCUCCCAAAUCUUCUUGGAUGGUUGAAGAGAAAAUCAGACAGAAAAUUAAGUCUCUUGAAUCGUAUGCUAUUGAUGCCUGCACAAAUGAUGACCAAAGGAAAACGGCUGGAAUGAUCCUAAGGGCAAUGGGGAUGAUGAAAACAGCAUCAUCAGCUCUAAAUCUCCUCAUAAAUAUUGGGUUUUUUCCUGUACAUGUGAAUCUUGACCUGUUGAAGUUCAAUACCCGUACUGAUCACUCAGAUGAAGUUAUAUCAGCUGCAGAAAGUCUUCUGUCAGAUUCAUAUGAUCCAGAUGAGAUUGAAAGGAAAGAUCUCACUCACUUGAAGGUCUAUGCUAUUGAUGUGGACGAGGCUGAUGAGCUUGAUGAUGCUUUGAGUGCAACGAGGCUGCAAGAUGGACGCAUUAAAAUAUGGAUUCAUGUUGCAGAUGCAACUAGGUUUGUUCAACCCGGGAGCAUAGUAGACAGGGAAGCAAUGAGAAGAGGAACUUCUGUUUUCUUGCCCACUGCCACUUAUCCUAUGUUCCCAGAGAAACUUGCCAUGGAGGGAAUGAGUUUGCAACAAGGAGAGAAUUGUAAUGCAGUUACAGUAUCUGUUGUGCUGCAUUCUGAUGGCAGUAUUGCAGAAUAUUCGGUGGACAACUCAAUCAUUAGACCAACUUACAUGUUGACGUAUGAGAGCGCAUCGGAGCUUCUUCAUUUAAACCUGGAAGAAGAGACUGAACUGAAAAUCCUGUCUGAGGCUGCAACUCUCCGUUCAAUAUGGCGUCGCCAACAGGGUGCAAUUGACACAGCCACAUUGGAAGCACGUAUCAAAGUGGUUAAUCCAGAGGAUCCAGAGCCUAUUAUUAAUCUGUAUGUUGAAAACCAGGCAGACCCUGCAAUGCGACUUGUCACUGAGAUGAUGAUACUCUGUGGAGAAGUUGUGGCCACAUUUGGUUCUAGCAAUAACAUUCCUUUACCCUACAGAGGACAGCCCCAAUCCAACAUCGACACAUCUGCAUUUGCACAUCUUCCAGAAGGACCUGUUAGAAGCUCUGCUCUUGUUAAACUAAUGCGUGCUGCUGAAAUUGAUUUCAGGAAACCUAUACGCCAUGGAAUUUUAGGACUUCCGGGUUAUGUUCAGUUUACAUCUCCCAUCCGUAGAUAUAUGGAUUUACUAGCUCACUAUCAGGUUAAAGCAUUUCUCAUCGGGAAAUCUCCUCCUUUCUCAGCUGGUCAGUUGGAAGGGAUGGCAUCUAUAGUGAAUAUGAAUGCUAGAGUAGCAAAGAAGCUCUUUAGCAGCAGUCUUCGGUAUUGGAUAUUAGAAUUUCUGAGAAGGCAGCCAAAAGAAAAAAGAUAUCGUGCAUUGAUUCUUAGAUUCAUUAAGGAUCGGAUUGCAGCCAUAUUGUUAGUUGAGGUGGGACUUCAAUCUUCCGUGUGGGUAUCUGUGGGAGCAGAUGUUGGAGAUGAAGUUCUAGUUCGGGUAGAAGAAGCUCAUCCACGUGAUGAUGUGCUUUUCCUUAAAGAGAUUGUCAUUGAGAGAUAA